AUGUCGGACAACGCUAGCUGGCACGUGCGGCCGACCAACCCCAACAACCCCGUUGUGUUUUUCGAUGUCAGCAUCGGCGGGCAGCCUGCCGGGCGGAUAAAGAUGGAGCUCUGGGCUGACGUGGCCCCGAAAACCGCCGAAAACUUCCGGCAGCUGUGCACCGGCGAGUUCAGGAAGAACGGCCUGCCCGUCGGCUACAAGGGCUGCUCGUUCCACAGAGUCAUCCGGGACUUUAUGAUCCAAGGCGGCGAUUUCGUAAAGGGCGACGGCACCGGGUCGCUGUCCAUCUACGGCACGCGGUAUGCGGACGAGAACUUCACCGCCAAGCACUCUGGCCCGGGCCUGCUCAGCAGCGCAAACAGCGGGCCCAACACCAACGGCUGCCAGUUCUUCCUCACGUGCCAAAAGUGUGACUGGUUGGACGGGAAGCAUGUGGUCUUUGGCCGCGUGCUGGGGGACGGCAUGCUUGUGCUGCGGAAGAUCGAGGCCGUCGCCACCGGCCCUGCCAACAGGCCCAAGCUGCCCUGCACCAUCACCGAGUGCGGCGAGAUGUGA